CCGAUAUUUGCAGCAUGGAGAUAACCAUUCCUUCGGUUGACAAUCCUUCUAGAGCCUCGAAGGCGGCCCUCUGUGGUAUGUUUCUGGCAAAGUUCGAUGUGCAUACGGGAUAUGAACUAAAGUGGUUCCGAUCACUAAAUGAGUCUUUAUAUCCUAGCAAAGGCUUGGAGUUCAAGGCAUUGCCGUCGGGGCUCCAUUCUGUUGAUACCGACAUCAUCUGUUUUGUUCACGAAAAAGGAGAGCCAAACUUGGCCAACAUCAAGUCUCUAUUGUAUGGAAUACUGGUUUUCAAGCAAAACCUAUCAUCGCAGAGGACGGUUGACGGAAACGUUGACCGAAAUUCUGUGAGAAUGUAUUCGCUUGGUGUUUUGGUUGACCCGGAACACUUGAACGAAACAUGGAUGCCUAAAGUAUAUUCAUCUUGCUGGAGCUACAGAAAUGAAUUAAACAGGCUUGUCACAGAAUUUCUGGAUUCUGGAGAGGAACAAGAGAAAUACAACAGUCUCGAACAAUUUUGGACAGUCCACAGAUUCAAAGGACCUAAUGACUUGAGCACUAAAUUCAAAGAUAUCAUAAAAAACGUCAAUAUAAAUAGAAGAAGGUCUAUCCAAACUCUUACCAGUGACGAGCUACAGAAUGCAGAUAGAGGGACUAGCUCUGAAAGUGGCAUGACCUCACGCACCUUGGCAGACACCUUCACAGACGGGACCUUGCCGACAAAUGGUAGCGAACUGGAUCAAUACAGUAUUGAUGACGAGCACAUGGUCAACUAUCUUCUUCCCUUGAUGGAGAUCCUCGGGCCUUUGGUAUACCGAUUGUGGAAGCUGGCAUUGACUCGUAAAAAAAUCAUUAUCUAUGCACCGCAAAACUCUCAUCGCUCGAUCAGCGAGCUUUCCAAGAUCAACUACUGCGUUUCGCUGAUAUCGUCGAUUCCAAAAGAUUUGAAACUCAUGUUGAUCAAAUCCAGGGUGAUCCGGCAGGAAAGCUUGGAACAUCUCACACCGCUAUACAACGUCUGUGUUAACGAUAUCGAGUUUUUGAAGGCGCAAAAGAAUGGGUUCAUAGCCUCAACUUCUGACCAGAUCAUUUUGGAAAAAUCUGAGCUCUACCACUAUUCUUUGCUGCUGCCCAGUACAGACCAAGGAGAGCCGCUUCUAAUGGCAUCCGGGUCGUCGAAACCGAUCCUCGCGACGCCUAGAGAUUUUAACCGCUUCAAGCUUGUCUAUGCUGCCUUCUUUGACAACGUUGUUCGGGAAGAUCUUCGCAUAGAGGAUUUGGAGGUCAAGCUUCCUCCCCAUGCGAGAGCAACCACAGAGCCGCUCUCUGUCCGUGAAAUUGUCUGGAAAGGAUUUUCGUGGUGGGCUACCGCAGGAAGCAGCGAAAGCCCUAGGGAUGAGUUUGAAGAAGAAUAUGAUUUGCUCGAUGAUGUCGACCAGACAAAGGUCGAACGGCUGGUGUCCUUGAUUGGAUAUUUCCAGAAACUAACCACUAAACUGUUCACUAUCCUGGUUGACAUAAUAAAUAACAGCGAAUCUGACCAUUUGAACGAGGGAACAAGUGAGUCUGACACGCUAGUUGAUCACGCUUCUCGUGACCAGAGCCUAUGGGUUGAGCCUCACGACCUUUAUGAAAUGGGUCUAGAUCCUUAUAGUGCAUCAGACCGUCAAUUUUUGAGGGAGCUGUGCAUGGUUUGGUGGGGUAAGAAGAUCAAAAUCGGAGGAUAUUUGGGUAGCUGCUGUUGUAUAUGAAUCAGCUUUUUUCCUGUGCCGCUUCUUUUGCUUUUCUUUGUUUAGCAACCAUACGACUGAACUCUUUCUUCUUCUCCCACAAGUCAAGAACAUAUUGGUAGAAAAAGUCGUCCUCUUUCUCAAAAGUCUUGAGAACGUCCUGAAUGCCGCGCUUCAGUUCCACAUCGUUUCUCGCGAGGCGAUGCAAUAACUUGAUGUGAUUUUCCACAGGGGAGUCCUUGCGCUGUCUCAUAGAAUUCAGCACCACCAUCAGGCUCGAGCCGCCGCCAGUGAAAGUGGUUGUUGGUUGGGGAGCGGAUAACAGGGGCAUCUUGGUGAAGUGCUGCGACAAGGCUUCCUCGAUGUCAAAAAUAUGGUACAAGUUGGAAUAUCUGUCGCGGAUUUCUGGCGAGUUCGACUGGAAGCCCAACUUAUUGAUGUUGACGUUGUAGUAGCCCUUCCGGAGAACAAGCAUAUGUAGAUUGUCGAGCUUAUCGAAUAUUUUGGUUUUGUCGUCAAACUUUUGCACGCGCGCCAGCAUCUUUGCCUGCUGGAGCUCGUUGAUGGCUGUGAGGGAAGAGGCAAACCGUUUUUGGGCAGGAAAUAUUCUGCGACUCAA